UUACAUUACAUUUAUUAAGCGUUUGUAUAUCACUCUUUUACGAUUUUCUUAUUACUGUUUUUAACUACACAGUAAAAUAUGACAAAGUUUGAAGAUUUGGCCCCUCCUUCGGCUGGAGUUAAGCCGCAUGUGGAGCCAUGGCGAGUAAUCGGAUGGCCGGCAGAUCAAUUGCGAGCCAUGUUUACAGACUGGGGUGCAUUCUUUGCCCGCAAACAAAGAAUGAACUCUAGCAUGUCUUAUUUGGAUGCUGCAUUGGAAAUGGAUCCUAAUGAUGUUAAUGUGCUAAUGAGACGUAGCGAAAUUAAAAGAAUGCAGGCGAGAGCACCCAAGGCACUCAUUGACUGCAAGAAGGCAAAAGACAUACUUAGCUGGAAGAAGCCAAACGAAUUCAAUCCACAUGUUAGCUUGGAGAUCUGCGAUGCGCUUUACGAGUCCAAUCGCUUUGAGGACACUAAGCGAAAGCUUCACAAUAAUCUGCGUCAAUUUUCAAGCUUGCAAGCAAGACCUGUGUUAAAACGCUUAACUGCGGUCAAUGAAAACUUUGCUGAUACGCUCUCGGAUGAUUCUUGGCUGUCUGUACAUCGACUUAUUAACAAGAUGGCUAAGGACCAGGCGAGGAAGUCUAAAGAAUCAAAGCCAGAGUGUGAUGUGCUAAGUAUUUUGGAUGAGGAGGAAGAGUUUCUGGUACCAUUAGAGAUAGAGCGCCGAGCGCGACUGUUUAAGAUAUACCAUCAGACAUAUCUCGAUAAGUGCUGGGUGGAUGUGGGCUUUCUGAAGAGGCUGCGAAAGAGUCCAAAUCUACUGCCCAAAGAGAGUCGAGAGUCCACCCCGUUUUUAAGAAGGCUGACCGAACAAAAUUAUAAAACAUCUCGCACUUUUGCGAAAAUGCUGCACACGCGCUGUCCGCUCUACAGUAAAUUUUCGAUGAACUACCCAAAUAAGGAGCUCUAUCAGCAGCAUCAACAAAAGAAUCUAUUUCGCAUUCAAUACCAAACGAGACGAAACAUGUUCAAGAUAUUGAGAACCAUACGACAACUUAUACAAAAUGGGCAACAGACGAAACUAUCGGAGUUUGUUGAGGAAGUCAUGGGCAAUUAUGUGACGAUCAAAACGAAUCGCAUCAUGCCUUGGAAGUUUGAAUUCAUUAAUGAGGUCUACAACUAUUUAGGUUUAGCUCGCAUUAAUGAAUACAAAAUUCCCAGCGACAUGAAGGUUUUAUCUGGCAAACAGCGCCUUCUCGCACUCUUCAAAAUACCCAUCGAGCUGUCAAACUUUGCAAAUGUAAAGGAAGAUCACAUACUGAACAUUCAACGCAUAAGUACCGAAGACCCAAAAGCAGAACGUUUCAAAAAGCUCAUGGCUCGACUGGAGUAUCGCAUGCGCGUGGCAAAGCAUCCCAUAGAACGGAGCUAUCUGCUGCAUGAAGCGGCGCAGGCGCACUUAGAUAGCCACUCCUUUGACACCUGCUGCUCGCUGGCACGCAAGGCCUUGGAUGAGGCUCUGAUUGCCAGCAGCAAUCUAUGGGCAUUUCUAAGCUGCAUUGUAGCAUGCAAAGCACACGCGGUGCUCGGCAAAAUCGAGAAGCAGAAGGAAACGUUAACGCAUGCCUUUCGGUUGGCCAAACGGCUUAAGAAUAUCGACUUGUGCUUGUUUGUCGAUAUCUGCCUCAAAGUAAAUGCUGAAGAAAUGGAAAUCAAAAGGGCGCUGGCCUCGUCAGAUUUUGGUAUUAGGAAACGAGCAUAUCGCACUGCCAGCCAAGAUGAAACGCCAUUAUCAAUCUCGCCCAAAAGAAAUUCUAAUGUGACACCUAACUAACCAUAAUAAAAAAUAAACCUAUAA